AUGGGCAGCGGCUACUCACACUCAGCACACCUUUUCCAUUUGCUAAUAGGGCCUGGUCAGGCUGGGAGCAACCGUUCCCUGCCUUACCCUGGAGAGCAGGAAGGCACUGAGACCAUCCGUGGGCACCAUGAGGCUGCUUCAAUUGACUGCUCUUUUCUUGCUUUUGGCCACCAGUCUCUGCCGCGGUGAGGACAGCAAAGAUGUUCAAAAUAGUUCUACUCCAUCGCUGGCAGAACCUUCCACAACAAAAGCAUCUGUCACAACACCAGGCACCAUACCACUAACAAAUCUUCACAGAUCAACUGGUGAAACACCUACUGAAGGAAUGAACAACAGUGAAGUAUCCAAAUCACCUUUGGUGCCAGCACUCAAUUUACUGACAACACCAAAACAUGAAGUGAAAGCAACAACUGAUGGUCUCCUAACGAAUGAAGUUUUCACUAUAAAAACAACAGUGCCAAAUACUUCGAUUUCAAAUGCUGUUUCAACGCUACCAAAUUCCCAGCACAAGACUGAGAAUCAGAGUUCAAUCAGGACAACAGAAAUAUCAGUUACCACUCAACUGCCAGAUGCCUCACCAAAAACCACUGAGAUACUCUCUGCAUCUCUAACAACUGCAAAAACCAUCUCCCAGCUUCAAGAUACUGAAGAUGGGAAGAUUGCAGUCACUCCAUCAACCACCCCCUCCUAUUCCAGUAUUAUUUUGCCCGUGGUUAUUGCGCUGAUUGUUAUAACACUCUUGGUGUUUACUCUGGUGGGUUUGUAUCGAAUAUGCUGGAAGAGAGACCCAGGUACUCCAGAAAAUGGAAACGAUCAGCCUCAGUCCGAUAAAGAGAGUGUGAAACUGCUCACUGUUAAGACAAUCUCUCAUGAAUCUGGUGAACACUCUGCACAGGGGAAAACCAAGAACUGACAUCGUGAUGGAUCCUCCCUACACCUGGGCAAUAAAUAUGCUUCAGCUUCAGCUUCUAAACUCCAAGGGGUGGAAAGAAGAAAAAGUCCACACAAUGUCCAAUCUUCUCACCAGUCUACACCAGUUGCCUGUCCCAGCAAAGGAAUGGCAGACAUACCAUCACCUGAGAACUCUGGAUAUCUCCUGUGUGAGAUAUAGAAAAUCAAAUGACUUUAGUUUUCAGGGACUGUUCUAGGAGGAACUGUGAGCCCCAGCCCAGGGCAGCUGGAAGACAUGCUGUAGCUGAAUUUAGACUUUCCAGGUUUUAUAGCCUCGAUCUGUGGAGACUUGCCUGUUUUCUUUGUGUUCUUGUGUUAGCCAGUGUCAGUAUUUAUUGUUUCCCACUGUGUUAAUGCAGGGAGAGUUUUAUAAGUGUGUUAAUAAAUGUUAAAUAGGAAUCAUGCCAUGUUUCUCUGUAGAGACAGGUAUGUUAUUCAUGUUUUCAAGUGUUACUUUUAAUAAAUAAUGGCUGUACUCAGAAUGCUAAAUAUUACAUCAUGACUGAUGUGGCAUUGUAAUCCCAUACUUUCGGCUAGCUUUGGGUUGAUAUUUUGAAAUAUUAAGAUUCAUCAGAAUAUGCGGAAAACAUCUGUAAAAAGCACCAAAGGACUCAAGUAUAAGCCAGUAGUAGAGGGGAAAAAAUUAGCAUUUCUUUUGUUUCUCUCACUUGUAAUUC